GGCUCUGUGACGAAGUCUACGCUAAACGGACACGAACGUUCGAUCGGAAAUCCAGAAGCUGAAGAAAUGAAUCGACACUCAGAAAGGAACCAAUUUCCUCCGCCUCAGUUAUUCAAGUUUGAUAACUUGGAAAAUCAUGUUCAGGCCCAUCUGAAGAGAGUGUAUGGGUGUCUGUCCAUAUCUAUGUUUACUGCCUGUGCUGGCGCCUACGUUCACCUUUAUACAGCAUGGCUCCAGGCUGGUAUUCUGACCACAAUUGCAUCCAUUGGGCUGAUGAUUUGGCUUGCCUCUACCCGUCACUCCAAGGAAAAUGAAUCUAAGAGACUUGCUAUAUUUGCUGGCUUCACAUUCCUUUCUGGAAUGUCUCUUGGACCCGUCCUUGACUAUGUCAUUAUGAUUGACCCUAGCAUCAUUGUAACAGCAUUAAUGGGAACCUCAGUAAUCUUCAUCAGCUUCUCUCUGGCUGCAUUGUACAAUACCAAUCGUACCUACCUGUACAUGGGCGGAUUCUUGUUGAGCACAUUGAGCUGGCUCUGCCUUGCUGGUCUCCUCAACAUUUUCAUUGGUUCUAGACUAAUCUGGGAAGUUCAGCUGUAUGCUGGUCUGUUUGUCUUCUGUGCCUUUGUGCUGUAUGAUACCCAAAUGAUUGUAGAGAAGAAGAGAAUGGGAGAUGAUGACUACAUCUGGCAUAGUGUGGAUUUAUUUAUUGACUUCAUCCAAAUCUUUCGCCGCCUUCUCAUCAUUCUGUCCAACAAGGACAAGAAGAAGGAAAAGAAUUAAGAGGGAGGAGACGUUGAAGGAUGGUUGUUAUUGACAACCACAAUAAAAGAAAAUGUUCUACAUUCCCAAAAAACAGGAUUAUGGCUAACAUACAAGUGUUACACAGUUCUAUUAAGAUGAAUAUUUUGUGAAAAUAUGCUGCUGUUUUUGGGAAGAAGAACUUAUCUGACCUUAUUAAGUAUUGGUUUAAUAGUAAUCAUAUCCAUAACCAAGCAUGAAAGAUUCUGUAGCUUCAUAUCUUCCCUGUUGUGAAAUUAUGUUACCUUUAAUUGAUGUUGGAUUUUCAUUUCAUUACUGACAACUACAUAAUUUGAAAAUGAUUAAAAUUACAGAUUAAGAACUGACUAGAACUUUAAAAACAUAUAUGACUUUUAGUUGUGUUGUUUCAGAACAUCAACAAUCAUCAAUGUAAGAAACAUGAAGAGUGUUAAAGUUGAUGAUGUUUUGGUAUUAAAGACUUCGGCAGUUUUUUACCGUCACAAGCUUAUUGUUUUUAUUACCUACAUAUGUAUUCUGGAUUUCAUUUUUUAUUUAUUCCUAAAUGUUGUGAACUAAUUUGCUUUGUUCAUCUUGCAAAAUUAUUUAAUUUUUAUUAUUAUUUAUCAGUACAUAGAAAUAAAGACAGCGUUUUGAAUAUUUUAUAUGUAGCACAAGAGUUUAACAGUUACAUUUUAUAUGUAUAAAUAUAAUCAGACACAAUCUUUUGAGCUUGUUUUCCACAAAAAUGCAAUUUGCAGUAAUUACAUCUCAGAAAUAUCCAGCUGAAUCUUUAUACUCAUGAUAUUGUUACAUGUUGUAUCAUGCUUACAUAAUAUACAUCGUUUCAUGUUUUCUUUUCAUAUUACACCUUACUGAAAAUGGUAGAUUUCCUGUGUAGUGGAUUAUUUCCAGUCUGGAGCGAAUUCAAUUCUGAAUAAUGAGGACUUGAAUUUGAAAUGUGCAGGUGAAAUCUUGAUAGGAUAAUGUUUUAAUAUACAGAAGUGAAAAAUGCAUUUUCAAACAAAUAUUUUUUGUUUUGAAGAUAUUUCAUAAGUGACUAAAAAGUUGAAUGUUUCAAAUAUAUACAGAUAUUUAGAUACAGGAUACUGUUGUUACUUGCCUGAUUUGAAUUACCGUUUUAAAUGGUUUGGUAUUUAUUAGAGUCAACAACAGAACUGUACAGUUUACAUCAUAUGCAUUGUUGGUGUUGGUUCAUUAAAUGAAUAGCUAAAAUUACCACCGUUAUCAGUUUAAAUAAAAAUAUGAGGGAUUCACAACUUUUGAUAAUUAGUGCCAUAUGAGUUUGGAAAUUGUAUGACUCAUUUAAAAAAGUUGAUUAAAUAAUUUUUGUGUCUGAUUUUUAACAUUCAUCUCAUUUCACAUACUAAUGAUUUAAUUCUUUGCUAACAAGCAAAUGCAACUUGAUUAAACAGAAAGUAGAUGUACAUACAAACAAUCAUGGAAAAAGAUGUUUGAAGACAUCAUACUUCAAUAAAGUUGCAGUAAAGUAGAAAUGUUUUCUGUUUAAUACCAUUUUAUACAGAGUGAUAAGUAUGGAUUUUAUAUGUGGUAAACAUUUUAUUAUGUUUCAUCUGGUAUUUGGUUGUAGUUUAUAACAUCGGUUUUCUGAAAUCGGAAUAAAAUGUUAAAUGUUGAGGUAGAAAUUUGGAUAUUUUCUUGAAUAACAAAAAGAAUGAAGAAUAUUCCUAACUGGGAUCAGAUUAAAAUUCCUUCACGGAAAAAAUGAAAACUUGACAAGUUUUGAUGGCUUUUGGUGUAGCUUUGAUUACCUUGUUUGUUUAGAUAUUGUUUUGUUUGUUAUCUAUUGUGUACUGGCCCUUCUUCAAUGUACAGGAAUAAAUUCUUUUCAUCACA